AUGCGAAUGCUAUCCACACGAUUUAGGGCAGCUCGAAUACCAACAACAGGGCAAACUCUGGCUGUGGACCAUUUUGCAGACGAGAAUGAUUUGGCCCAGUUUGGUCAUCUUCUGGUGGAUUUGAUCGGAAAAAUGAAAGCAGGUCACUGCUUCGCCUUCAUCACUGACGCUCUGUAUGCAGUAACCUUAACAGAUCAGUUGUUCCAAGAGAUUCACACCCAGCCCCGGUACGUACUACAAAUUCGCGAUGACGAAGACACGUUGAAUCCCAGUUCGCGAGUCACCUGCAUGCUGGAGGAAAUUCGGCGGAUUGGUUGCGGUGCUUACGUAAUACUACUAGCGAACGGAAUUCAGAUAGAGCGAUUGUUGAGAUUCGGUGAUAGAACGCGAAUUAUCAAUACUCGUGCACAGUUCAUCUUGCUGCAUGAUUAUCGACUGUUCGUACCUGACCUACUUUAUCUCUGGAAGCGAAUCGUCAAUGUUUUGUUCGUGAGGCAACUGUUUUUCGGCGGAUCCAAGGGCAGUCUCACGAACCGGCACUACGAAGUCAGUACCGUUCCGUUUCCAUUUCCACUGAAGGGAGUUUUCGUGUCGAAGAAGUUAGACUUUUGGCGUGAUGGAAAAUUCCGUUACAGCAGAAAGCUCUUCUACGACAAAACCACAAACAUGGAUGGCCAAACAAUGAAAGUGGUCGUGCUAGAACAUACUCCAGCAAUUUUUCGCACCACUCAUAAUGAAACUGAUGAGCAUUUGAAAUAUUAUGGUCUGGAAGUCGAGCUGCUGAAGGCAAUAUCGGAGGUAAUGAAAUUUGCAAUGGACUUUUAUGAAACGGAUGACGCCGUUGCGGAGAAGUGGGGAACUGUUACCGAUAAUGGACCCACCGGACUUCUCGCAGAGAUGAACGAAGGACGCGCAGAUUUCGCCUUGGCUGAUCUACAUCAUACUGAAUAUCACUUGGAAAUGAUGGAUCUUAGCAUACCGUACAACACAGAGUGUCUCACUUUCAUCACACCAGAGGCGCUAACCGAUAAUUCAUGGACAACAUUAAUACUCCCAUUCACUGCGGGCAUGUGGGCCGGAGUACUCACUUCGCUUUUUUCAAUUGGAUCGGUUUUUUAUGCGCUAUCCCGAAUGCUGAUGUUUGUUCAACAUGCCAAACAAUAUCAACGUGAUCUGGAGUUAAUUGCAAGAGAUAAACAAUCGUGGCGACAAAGGCAUUGCAGAUGGAUUAACAAGAUGGUACAAUCCUGCAGGCAAAAAUUGCAGCUGAUUAAAUGGUUUAAAUUCGGAAGGAGACAAAAUAGUGAAUUGGAUUUGACUAAACUAAAAAUGCUUAAAAUGGUUCCGUUUAAGCGAAAAGCACAUCCAUGGAAAGACCCGCACCCAGUAAGAGACAUAUUCGACACAUUUUCCGGUUGCAUUAUCUACACUUACAGCAUGUUGCUUCUGGUAUCGCUACCUCGACUCCCGCAAAGAUGGCCGCUUCGUAUUCUGACGGGUUGGUACUGGAUUUAUUGUAUUCUUCUGGUGGUCGCAUACCGUGCCUCCCUCACAGCUAUUCUCACCAAUCCGGUGGCUAGAUUGACCAUCGAUCAGCUAGUGGAUUUAGCUGAAAGCCCGAUUCGUUGUGGAGCUUGGGGAGAGCAGACUCGUCUUUUCUUUCAAACUGCUCAGGACAAAGCUUUGAUGAUCAUCGGAGAAAAACUAGAGCACACACCAAAUGCAGAGGUCGCUGUUGAACGAGUUGUCGAAGGGAACUUCGCAUACUACGAUAACGUUUACAUGCUGAAACAAUUGCGGGCUACGCUCAAAUCGGAGAAAGCGCGAGAAACAUUACAUAUCAUGGAACAAUGUGCCAUUCAUAUGCCCAUAUCAAUUGGGUUGGAGAAAAACUCACCUCUUAAGCCAAAGGUAGACAAAUACGUGAGAGCCCUAGUGGAAGCGGGUCUAACCAACAAGUGGCUAGCGGAUGCCAUUGAGGAGUUUCAAUCCAACAUUGAACUACCGCCACAGGAAGCAACUAUGGACCUUAAAAAGCUAACGGCAGCCUUCAUCGCACUGACCAUUGGAUACGGAUUGGCACUGCUGGCGUUUGCCGCAGAGAAACUAUACUGGCGUUGUAUUAUAGAAAGUCAUCCUGCGUACGAUAAAUACCUAGUGGGAGCAUUCUAUAGGAAGUAUGCGCUAAAGCCAUCGGGUACUUCAAAGCAUAAUGUAACAUAGUGUUAGCAUAAGCGAGCUAGUAACUAUUUGCACGAUUCAAUUUAU